CCAGCAGCUCCAUCACUCCACCGCCACCCUCGUACAAUGGAGGCUUCACGCAAGCUCCUCUCGGCGGCGAUCCUCCUGGUGCUGCUGCUGGCGGGCACCGGGGAGAUGGGAGGCCCGGUGGCGGUGGCGGAGGCGCGGACGUGCGAGGCGAAGAGCCACAGGUUCAGGGGCCCCUGCGUGCGCCACCGCAACUGCGCCAACGUCUGCAAGACCGAGGGCUUCCCCGGCGGCAAGUGCCGCGGCUUCCGCCAUCGCUGCUUCUGCACCACCCACUGCCGCCAGUAACCAACCCACUACCUCUACUUCGUACGUCCGCCUAGCUGCAGCCUGCCUGCGUGCAUGCUGGCUUGCUCGCACCUUCUGCGUGUAUUGUAGUACUGUGUGUGUCCAUGAAUAAACCUCGGCCUGUCUGUCAUGGCAUGCUGAGAUGGGUAUAAGAAACGCAGGUUCCCUUUUA